CAUACAGACACCAGCAUGAAGGAUCCUCAGCUACCAGGUACCAAAACACUAAAUGGCUGGACAAAACGACAAGAAAUGAAAAAAGGAAAGAAUGAGCCAGCGCUCCAACCUGCCCAGACAGAACAACAAACAUGGAAAGUGCCAGCAUUAACACCUGAACAAUGGGCGAAGCAGACUGCCUUUGAGAGGGUAGUCUAUGACAUGUCCCACAAUGACCACGUCAUUAAUGACAUAAUGCUGGGUCGCAGGAUUGCAUUCUAUGAACUCAGAGGAGAAAUAGGGACUGGAAAUUUCUCCCAGGUUAAACUUGCUGUUCACGCAUUGACUAAAGAGCGUGUUGCUGUUAAGAUACUUAAUAAGAUGCGUCUCGACAAGAAGUCACAGACUUUAUUUGCCUCAGAGAUUGCCUGUAUGGAAAGACUCUCCCAUCCAAACAUUGUACGUCUCUAUGAGGUGCUUGAGACCAGUAAGCAUUUGUACCUUGCUAUGGAGUAUGGAAGUGGAGGAGAUCUGUUCUCACGCAUCACUACCAGGGGGCGCCUGUCAGACCAGGAAAGCAAGCUCAUCUUUGCCCAAAUUAUCUCAGCUGUCAAACACAUGCAUGAAAACAACAUCGUCCAUCGUGACUUGAAAGCAGAAAACAUAUUUUACACCACAUGCUACUGUAUCAAAGUGGGCGACUUUGGUUUCAGCACUGUUAGUGAACCAACUGAAACUCUGACAACGUUUUGUGGCUCCCCGCCAUAUGCAGCACCUGAGCUUUUCAGAGAGAAAAGCUACGUGGGAUGUUAUGUGGACAUCUGGGCACUGGGCGUCUUACUAUACUUCAUGGUGACUGCCACCAUGCCUUUCCAUGCCAACAACCUUGGGCGACUAAAACGCUGCAUCCUGCAAGGAGCGUACAGUAUCCCGACCUACGUCCCUGAACCCUGCCAACUGGCCAUCAAAGGCAUGCUACGACCUGUACCUGUGGACCGCACCACAGUAUUGCAACUGAUGGUCUGUUCUUGGCAAAGGGGCAUUGAGUACCCCAAACCGUACCCUGCUCUCAACGCAAUGCCCAAUCACCUUGCUGACCCAGUGAGGAAUCUGUGUUUGGAGGAACAGGAGGUCAAAUCAGCCCUGUGUGAGCUUGGAAUCAGUGCCACACAUCUGCAGAACAAUACCUGCACAGACUCACGCAGUCCAGUUACAGGAACUUAUCGUAUUCUGCUGCACCGUAUACAGAAGAGAAGAUCUGUGGAGGCGAUUGGAUACUCCGCCCUCUACCCGGAGGAUUUUGGAAGUAAGAAAUACUGUGCCAACAAUGCAAUGGCCAAACAUAACCCAUCUGCAGUCUGCAAUGUGCUAUAAAGACUAGUGCAGUGGAUCCCAAACGUAUUCAGUCAAGCCCCGCUUUACUAAUUGAAAAAUGUAUAUUAUAUUAAUAAUAAUAAUAAUAAUAAUAAUAGCUAGUUUUUUAAUGGACUUCUCCUCCUCUCCCCUCUUCACUGCAGACUGUAGCGCGAUGACGUAGUGGAUCUAAUCCCAUGUGUAUUGGGAUUUAGUGACAUAGUGGAUGUUUUUAUGUGCAUGUGUAUUCACAUUUUAAUAUUUAGUUUUAUUAAUGUAGCGUACUUAAUGGUUAUCAAUACAGUAUAUAUUCAUAUAACACACACACACACACACACACAUUUAUAUAUAAGGGCUGCACAAUUAAUUAAAAUAAUAUUGCGGUAUGACAUUGUGCAAUUAUGGCUACGAUGAUUUAAUUAAAUUAAUAGAUAAAUCAAGCUGUUCGGUUCAAAGUCUAUGUUCGCUAAUCUGUCCUGUCUGUAUUGUGUAUAAGCAUUAUUUCAGUGUAUUCAGAGCGGUUCAGUGCUCCACAACUCCUUCUCGUGCUCAGAGUAACAAAUGUGCUAAAUUCGGUUCCAUGUGCUGAGCACGUAAUUUUUAAAGCGCUCCAGAUUCACUUUAAUUUCACCUUUGCAUACUCCCAAGUAUGUUUGACCACUACAUGUUAAUAUACAAAUACAAAUAAUUCACCCCAUGGCAUUUAUGUACAGCGGAGGAGAUGUUAAAAUGAGGAGCACAUUAUUGUGAGGAGUAUAUUGCUUAAUUUAGAUAUUUGUUUACUGUGGGUGAAGAGGAAAAACAAGGAAAAGUAAUUUACGAAUCCAUGGUUAUGACCAUUUUUAAAAGCUAAGCUAUAUUAAACAAAUGUCUCAGUGUAUUACUUUAAUACUAAGUAAUAAAGUACUCAGUGUAACGCAUAAAAACCAAAACAUCCACUAUGUCACCAAAAUCCACUAUGCAGAGGAUUAGAUCCACUACGUCAUCGUGCUACUGUCUGCGACGAGGACCCUCUCCUCCAAUCCCACCCCCCUCGCAGUGCGGGAACCACUGGACUAGUGUGAUCAUCUAUCAAUGGUUCAUACGUGGCCCAUUCCAUAGGUUAUUAUUACCUAUAAUGCUGUAUCAAGAAGAAAUGAAUUUACAUGAAUGAAAAUGUGCUAUUUGCUGACAAAAUAAGGAGUUGUAUUGCAUGGCUUUUUAUUCUGUUUACAAAGCACUUAAAUUAAGUAAAAUUAGUGGACACAAUUUAUAUCAGACUUACAAAUUAAUUUAAAUGACAGCUCACAAACUGAGAACAUUUAUACAUAUACAGUGGGGAUCCAAAUGUCUGAGACCUCUAGUGAAUUUUAGACCACUAUUUUGCAUUAUUUUCUUAUUUUAAGGUGAAGCGUGUAAUUCUUCAAACUUGGUUCAGGCUUUUUUUUUUUUUUUUUAAAUCCCUUACACUAACAAAAUUUCUCACACUAACUUCUCCUAGAGCUUUCAAGUUAUAUCCACCAAACCCGGCACAGACGUUCAGACCAUUUUGGUAUGUUGUGCUAGGUCUUUUCUAACUGAUGAGACUUACAGUACAGUUUUACACAGUGGACGAUCAAAAAUUUGAAAAAAUCCCAUAGACUCAUUGAUGGAAUGUUUAAACCGGCCAAUAGAAUGCUCGUUAAUUCAAACUUCAACUUUACAUUUUUAAAUAUAAACAAACCCACAAAAUGCCUCUUCUCUGCAGUCUCUCUCUCUCUCUCUCUCUCUCUCUCUCUCUCUCUCUCUCUCUCUCUCUCUCUCUCUCUCUCAGCUAUCUAUAUAUGUGACAGUUUAUCUGACUAUCAAGCAAGCUGGUGGUUUGUCUUACUGUAAUGUCUGUAUAACCGUCAAACAUUAAACUUUUAAAACUAGUUUAAACUUUCAGACAAGGCUUUGUUUUUGUUAAAACUUCUUUCUCCUAUCCCUGUUUAAUACGCAGAGACCACAAUACAUUUUCAAUAACAUUUCUUUGUUUUCAAAAUCCUAAAAGUUUAAAACUUUUUAUUAUUAUUUAAAUAAAAAUGCCCCAUUGGACCCCACUGUAUUGGUACAUUUGCUUUAUAUAACAUUUAACAACCUGUAUUAUACACAUACCUACCAUGCACGCUUGGUUUUGGUGCAUGGAAAUCACAGUGUGAUUCUAACGGAGAGUGUUUCUGUUUGUACCGAAACAUUAUUUUGCAGUCGAUCCUUAAGUGGUCAUUCACUUUUGCCAAUGAAAAUCGAAUUGUGGCCAAUAUUUAAUGGUUAGGCAAACAUUUGAUACAUUUUUGUAUCACUGAUAUGUUGAAUGUUUGAAAAUGUUGUUUGUUUAGUAAUGCUUGGUUUAGUUUGAGCAACAGCUUUGUGUUGGGCUGAUUGUCAAAUGCACAGUGAAUAUUUAUCAUGUAAUUAUAAACAGGCUUUGGUUACUGGCUGUUCUUGCCUCAUGUAACAAAGUCUGCAUGUUUUUCAAAGGCCCUAAAGAUUUGAUGCUUAUCUCUCUGCAUGUCCUUCAUUUGAAUCUCUUUGAGUCUGUUGAUUAUUUGAUGGACAGAGCUGCCAUCUGUCUCCAUUAAAUUAGCUGAAUGGCUACUUAGUGAUUAUUUUCUAAUCUUGGACAGAGAGUUUACAGUGAAUGUAUGACGCAAAGGAUUAAUGGGUGAUUAGCUGUUAAUCCUAAUUAGUGCGGAGCUUUACAAAAAGCUUGUGGUAUCAGUGAUUACAUCGCAUUUUAUGAAAGUAAUCAUCUUAAUUUUCCUUGACCUCAAAAACAAGCUUCGCAUGUUGAUAUUGGGAAUGGAGAAGAGCUGCCAAGACACUUGUGUUUAUUACAGGCAUAAUAGUGGUUAGUAGUAGACACAUAUGCCAGUUACACUUUAUUUUACAGUGUCCUUGUUACAGUGUAAUUACACUAAUAAUUACUGAUUAUUACUGAUUAACAACAUGUACUUACUAUUGGUUUAAGGUAAGGGUUUGGUUUAGGGUUAGUUGCUUGUAAUUAUGCAUAACUGACUAUUAGUACUAUAGUCAAUAUUUAAGAUGUGUAAUAAGGACACUGUAAAAUAAAAUGUUACCCAUAUGCCUUUAACCUUAAAAAAUAAAAAUUAGAGAUACAUUUCUUAUUGUUUAACCUUUCUCUUAGAAAUGUCAUGUCAUAGAAGAUGUCAAAUUGCUGUUAUCCUCUAAAUGUUACUGCAUUAUAUGGUGCAUUAGAUUUCGUUAAUGAUUAACCACAAAGCAGCAUCACAGCUUUGUUGUUGAAGCUCAAGUACAUUUGUACAUUUGUACAUCAUGUACAAUAAAUUGUGUUUUGUUCAUAUGUUUUGUGUUGUGUGUUGAUGUAAUAUUUGAUGGAACACCAUCAUACACAAAUCACAGGUGCUGCAUGAAAAUUCGAUAA